AUUUUAUUUCCUUUCAAUAUGGCAGCUUAUAUGGAGUAGAAUUGUCAAUUUACUUUGAAGUGAAGAAUUUAUGCUUUAUUUAUUGUAAUACAACAAGAGAUUCGUUACCUUCACUUUUGACUCUGACGUCAUUCAAGGUAAUUGAUUUGGAAAUCUAAUGAGUGGAAAUCAAGAGAAUGAGCAACUCUGUUUCAUAGGCAAAAUAACUAAUUCUCUCUUCAACCCAUGGAAAGGCUAAGAAUCUGGUGCUGUCGAUAUGAAUGCAGUCACCAAGUCUAUAAGCAUCUGCAGAAUCUGUAGUUAUUUAGAUUACGCCAUGUCAGGAGUGGGAUCUGUCCUUCAGCAGUUUGUCAGUGGCUUGAAGAGUCGCAGCGAAGAGACCCGGGCUAAAGCUGCUAAGGACCUGCAGCAUUAUGUCACCACUGAACUUCGAGAGGUCAACCAAGAGGAAGUCACUUCAUUCUAUGAUGAACUGAACCAUCAUAUUUUUGAACUUGUUUCCAGUUCCGAUGUGAACGAAAGGAAAGGCGGAAUCCUGGCAAUUGUGAGUCUGAUUGGAGUUGAAGGAGGAAAUGCCACCCGAAUUACACGCUUUGCCAAUUAUUUACGUAAUCUGCUCCCAUCCAGUGAUCCUGUUGUUAUGGAAAUGGCUUCAAAAGCCAUGGGCCGUCUUUCCAUGGCUGGUGAUACCUUUACAGCUGAAUAUGUUGAAUUUGAAGUCAAACGUGCACUUGAAUGGCUAGGAGCAGAUCGUAAUGAGGGGAGACGUCAUGCUGCUGUUCUGGUGUUGCGGGAAUUGGCUGUUAGUGCACCUACGUUUUUCUUCCAACAAGUGCAGGCCUUUUUUGACAAUAUAUUUUAUGCAGUCUGGGACUCGAAGCAGGCCAUAAGGGAAGGCGCUGUUGCUGCCUUGCGUGCGUGUCUGAUUCUUACGACUCAGAGGGAGACCAAAGAAAUGCAGAAGCCCCAGUGGUACAGGCAAACCUUUGAAGAGGCAGAGAAGGGUUUCGAUGAGACCUUGGCUAAAGAGAAAGGCAUGAAUCGUGAUGAUCGUAUACAUGGUGCUUUACUUAUUCUAAAUGAACUGAUCCGAAUCAGCAGCAUGGAGGGAGAGCGCUUGCGUGAAGAGAUGGAGGACAUUACCCAACAGCAAUUAGUACAUGAUAAGUACUGCAAGGAGUUGAUGGGAUUUGGGGCUAAACCCCGUCACAUUACAUCCUUCACAAGUUUCCAGUCUGCACAGCCCCAACAAUCAAAUGCUCUCCUUGGACUUCUCGGAUACAGUACACCACAGGGCAUUACGGUAUUUGGAACAACACCGGCUCCAUCUAAACCAACUUUGGUGGAAAGCAGAUACUGCCGUGAAUACAUGGAAGUGCGAUUUGAACAGGUGACUCGUUGGGUCUUGAAGUAUCGUAGUAGUAAGAAUCCAUUGAUUCAAAUGGCAAUCUUAAACCUGAUUCCUCGACUUGCUGCUUUCCAGCCCCAUUUAUUCACAGGUGAGCCAAUAAAAGAGCAACACCUACUUGACUCUGUGAAUCAUCUACUUGGAUGCCUUAAGAAAGAAAAGGAACGUGCUGCUGCAUUCCAGGCACUGGGUCUACUGGUGGUCGCUGUAAGAGUGGAAAUUAAUCCAUAUCUGCAGAGGAUCCUGGAAAUUUUAAAAGGAGCUCUCCCACCGAAGGACUUUGCACACAAGAGGCAAAAGGCUGUUCAGGUGGAUGCAACAGUGUUUACUUGUAUCUGUAUGAUCGCUAGAGCCAUAGGGCCAGCGAUCCAGCAAGAUAUUAAAGAACUAUUAGAGCAGAUGCUUGCUGUUGGACUCAGCCCUGCCCUGACUGCUGUGCUACAUGAUCUAAGUCGACAAAUACCGCAACUGAAGAAGGAUAUCCAGGAUGGCUUACUGAAAAUGUUGUCACUGGUAUUGAUGCAUAAACCUCUUCGACAUCCAGGCAUGCCCAAAAGCCUAGCCCAUCAGCUUGCACCCCCUAGUUUGACUAAUAUUCCUGAAGCAAGUGAUGUUGGAUGCAUAACUCUUGCUCUCCGCACCUUGGGCAACUUUGAAUUUGAAGGUCACUCACUCACCCAGUUUGUCAGGCACUGUGCGGACCAUUUCCUUAACAGUGAGCACAAAGAGAUUCGAAUGGAAGCAGCUCGAACUUGUUCACGACUGUUAACUCCAUCAGUCCAUCUCAUCAGUGGACAUGGGCAUGUUGUCAGCCAGACAGCUGUUCAGGUUGUGGCAGAUGUACUUAGUAAACUCCUUGUUGUUGGAAUUACUGAUCCAGAUCCUGAUAUUCGUUACUGUGUGCUGGCCUCUUUGGAUGAACGAUUUGAUGCUCAUUUAGCCCAGGCUGAGAACCUGCAAGCUCUUUUUGUGGCAUUGAAUGACGAAGUGUUUGAAAUUCGAGAGCUUGCCAUCUGCACUAUCGGCAGACUGAGCAGCAUGAAUCCUGCAUUUGUUAUGCCUUUUCUUCGCAAAAUGCUGAUACAGAUUUUAACUGAGCUAGAACACAGUGGAGUAGGUCGAAACAAAGAGCAAAGUGCCCGAAUGCUGGGCCACUUGGUUUCAAAUGCUCCCCGCCUUAUCCGCCCGUACAUGGAACCUAUUCUCAAGGCUUUAAUCUUAAAAUUGAAGGAUCAUGAUCCAAACCCUGGUGUAAUUGUCAGUGUUCUGGCUACUAUAGGUGAACUUGCCCAGGUGAGUGGACUGGAAAUGCGAAAAUGGAUGGAUGAACUAUUUCCUAUCAUCAUGGACAUGCUCCAGGACUCCUCUUCACUUGCCAAAAGACAGGUGGCGCUGUGGACCUUGGGACAACAGGUUGCCUGCACAGGAUACGUGGUAGAACCUUACAGGAAAUAUCCAUCUCUUCUUGAAGUUCUACUAAACUUUCUUAAGACUGAACAAAACCAAGGCAUUCGGAGAGAGGCUAUCCGUGUCUUGGGGCUGUUGGGUGCCUUAGAUCCAUACAAGCACAAAGUUAAUAUUGGGAUGAUUGACCAGUCACGAGAUGCCUCUGCUGUCAGUCUGUCGGAAUCUAAAUCAAACCAGGAUUCAGCUGAUUACAGCACUAGUGAAAUGUUGGUGAAUAUGGGGAAUUUACCAUUGGAUGAGUUCUACCCAGCUGUUGCUGUAGUAACCCUCAUGCGUAUCCUGCGAGACACAUCACUCUCAAACCACCAUACAAUGGUUGUUCAGGCGGUCACCUUUAUCUUCAAAUCUCUGGGUUUAAAGUGUGUCCAGUUCCUACCUCAGGUCAUGCCCACUUUCCUGAAUGUCAUUCGAGUCUGUGAUGCCAAUACUCGAGAGUUCUUGUUCCAGCAGCUGGGAAUGCUUGUGUCAUUUGUGAAAAUUCAUAUCCGACCUUACAUGGAUGACAUAUUUGCUUUGAUAAAAGAAUAUUGGACGCCUAGCAACCAAAUGCAGAACACGAUCAUCCUGGUUAUUGAACAGAUUGUUGUGGCUUUAGGAGGAGAGUUUAAACUUUACCUGCCACAACUGAUUCCUCACAUGCUUCGUGUAUUCAUGCAUGACACCAGUUCAGGUCGCAGUGUUACAAUCAAGUUACUAAAUGCAAUACAGCUUUUUGGAGCAAAUCUGGACGACUAUCUGCACCUUUUGCUCCCUCCGAUUGUUAAAUUGUUUGAUGGCCAAGAAGUACCGCUAGGACCUAGAAAGGUUGCCUUGGAAACUCUGGAUCGUCUGACAGAAUCCUUGGACUUCACGGACUAUGCCUCAAGAAUUAUUCAUCCAAUAGUGCGCACACUUGACUGUACUCCCGAAUUGCGUCAGACUGCAAUGGACACACUUUCCUCAUUGGUGUUUCAACUUGGAAAAAAGUAUCAAAUAUUUAUUCCGAUGGUGAACAAGGUGAUGAUGCGGCACAGGAUAAAUCAUCAGCGAUAUGAUGUUUUAAUAUGUCGCAUUGUUAAGGGGUACACCUUAGCUGAAGAGGAGGAAGAUCCUAUUAUUUUUCAGCACCGGACUUCUCGAGGCAAUCAGGGAGACACACUGUCUAGUGGACCAGUGGAAACCGGCCCAAUGAAGAAAUUGCACGUUAGCACUACCAACUUGCAGAAGGCCUGGGGAGCUGCCAGAAGAGUUUCUAAAGAUGACUGGAUGGAAUGGCUGAGGCGAUUAAGUGUGGAACUGCUUAAAGAAUCCCCAUCACCUGCUCUCCGCUCAUGUUGGUCUCUAGCUCAGGCCUAUAAUCCUUUAGCUAGAGACCUGUUUAAUGCAGCUUUCCUAUCAUGUUGGUCAGAACUGCAUGAAGCGCAGCAAGAUGAGCUGAUCAGAAGUAUUGAGCAGGCUUUGACUUCUCAAGACAUCGCCGAGGUCACACAGACGCUUUUGAAUCUUGCAGAAUUCAUGGAACACAGUGACAAGGGCCCUCUACCACUGAGAGAUGAUAAUGGCAUUGUCCUCCUUGGAGAAAGAGCCGCGAAAUGUCGUGCUUAUGCCAAAGCCUUGCAUUAUAAGGAGUUGGAGUUCCAGAAAGGUCCCUGUCCAGCAAUUCUGGAAUCAUUAAUCAGCAUAAACAACAAAUUGCAGCAGCCUGAGGCCGCCGCUGGAGUCCUGGAAUAUGCGAUGAAACACUAUGGGGAGUUAGAGAUCCAAGCGACAUGGUAUGAGAAGCUUCAUGAGUGGGAAGAUGCUUUGGUUGCAUAUGACAAGAAGAUGGAUAUGAACAAGGAUGAUCCAGAGCUUGUCCUUGGAAGAAUGCGCUGCUUAGAGGCACUUGGUGAAUGGGGCCAGCUGCAUCAGCAGUGUUGUGAAAAAUGGACAAUGGUGUGUGAAGACACUCAAGCAAAAAUGGCAAGAAUGGCAGCUGCAGCUGCAUGGGGACUAGGUCAUUGGGACAGUAUGGAGGAGUAUGCUUGUAUGAUUCCAAGAGAUACUCAUGAUGGCGCCUUCUACAGAGCUGUGUUAGCAUUACACCAGGACCUCUUCUCCUUAGCCCAGCAGUGCAUUGACAAGGCAAGAGACUUGCUGGAUACAGAGCUGACUGCUAUGGCUGGAGAGAGCUACAGCCGUGCCUAUGGGGCCAUGGUUUCCUGUCAGAUGCUGUCAGAACUGGAAGAGGUAAUCCAAUAUAAAUUGGUUCCAGAGAGGAGGGAGAUCAUCAGACAAACCUGGUGGGAACGACUUCAGGGCUGUCAGCAGAUAGUAGAAGACUGGCAACGAAUCCUAAUGGUUCGCUCCCUUGUCAUUGGUCCACAUGAAGAUAUGAGGACUUGGUUAAAGUAUGCAAGUCUCUGUGGCAAGAAUGGACGUUUGGCUCUUGCUCAUAAGACCCUGGUACAGCUGCUUGGUGUAGAUCCUUCAAAGCACCUUGAUCAACCUCUGUCCACAGUUCACCCCCAUGUCACCUAUGCUUACAUGAAGUACAUGUGGAAGAGUACCCGCAAGAUUGAGGCUUUCCAACAUAUGCAACACUUUGUCCAGAACAUGCAACAGCAAGCUCAGCAUGCCAUAGCUGCAGAAGAUCAGCAGCACAAACAGGAGCUCCACAAACUAAUGGCACGAUGUUUCCUAAAGCUGGGUGAAUGGCAGCUAAACCUUCAGGGAAUCAAUGAGAGCACCAUUCCCAAAGUCCUUCAGUACUACAGCGCUGCAACAGAACAUGACCGAAACUGGUAUAAAGCAUGGCAUGCCUGGGCUGUGAUGAAUUUUGAGGCUGUCCUCCACUACAAACAUCAGAAUCAAGCUCGCGAUGAGAAAAAGAAAUUGAGACAUGCCAGUGGUGCCAGUGCAAACAGUGAGGCAAGUAACAGCGAAAGUGAGGGUGACAGCAAUGAAAACAGCCCUGUACCAUCACCAGUACAGAAAAAAAUAAAUGAGGAGCUGUCUAAGACAUUGCUGCUGUACACAGUGCCUGCUGUUCAGGGCUUCUUCCGCUCCAUUGCCCUCUCAAGAGGAAACAAUCUGCAAGAUACUCUCAGAGUUCUAACACUGUGGUUUGAUUAUGGACAUUGGCCCGAUGUGAACGAAGCUCUGGUUGAGGGGAUCAAAACUAUUCAGAUUGAUACCUGGCUACAGGUAAUCCCUCAGCUCAUUGCAAGAAUUGAUACACCGCGUGCCUUAGUGGGUCGACUUAUUCACCAGCUUCUGACAGACAUUGGUAGAUACCAUCCACAGGCUCUGAUUUACCCACUCACUGUUGCAUCCAAGUCCACUACUCCUGCUCGCCACACUGCUGCUAAUAAGAUCCUGAAGAAUAUGUGUGAGCAUAGCAACACACUAGUACAACAGGCCAUGAUGGUGAGUGAGGAGCUUAUUCGUGUUGCUAUUCUAUGGCAUGAAAUGUGGCAUGAAGGCUUGGAAGAGGCAUCGAGGCUUUAUUUUGGAGAGCGAAAUGUGAAAGGAAUGUUUGCCGUUCUUGAGCCUCUGCAUGCUAUGAUGGAGCGGGGUCCACAAACUCUAAAAGAAACUUCCUUUAACCAGGCAUAUGGUAGAGACUUAAUGGAGGCUCAAGAAUGGUGUCGAAAGUAUAUGAGGUCAGCCAAUGUGAAGGACCUAACCCAAGCUUGGGACCUCUACUACCAUGUAUUCCGACGCAUUUCAAAGCAGCUUCCACAGCUCACCUCACUUGAACUCCAGUAUGUGUCACCUAAGCUGUUGAUGUGUCGUGACUUAGAAUUGGCAGUGCCAGGAACUUAUGAUCCUAACCAGCCAAUCAUCCGUAUUCAAUCAAUAGCUCCCUCACUUCAGGUUAUAACCUCCAAACAGCGACCAAGGAAGCUGACCAUCAUGGGAAGUAAUAGCCAUGAAUUCAUGUUCUUACUGAAGGGUCAUGAAGAUCUGCGUCAGGAUGAAAGGGUGAUGCAGCUUUUUGGACUGGUGAACACUUUGCUGGCAAAUGACCCAGCAUCUCUUCGGAAGAACCUCAGUAUUCAGAGAUAUGCUGUCAUUCCUCUGUCCACAAACUCUGGCUUAAUUGGCUGGGUCCCACACUGCGACACGCUCCAUGCUCUUAUUCGAGACUACCGAGAGAAGAAAAAGAUUCUGCUGAAUAUCGAGCACCGCAUAAUGCUCAGGAUGGCUCCAGACUAUGAUCACCUCACCCUGAUGCAAAAGGUGGAGGUAUUUGAACAUGCAGUGAAUAACACAGCAGGAGACGAUCUGGCCAAGCUACUGUGGCUGAAAAGUCCCAGCUCUGAGGUGUGGUUUGACCGAAGAACCAACUACACACGCUCCUUAGCUGUGAUGUCAAUGGUGGGUUACAUCCUAGGACUAGGGGAUCGACAUCCAUCCAACCUGAUGCUGGACAGGCUUAGUGGAAAAAUCUUACACAUCGACUUCGGCGACUGUUUUGAGGUUGCUAUGACUAGGGAGAAAUUCCCAGAGAAGAUUCCAUUCAGGCUGACUAGAAUGUUAACCAAUGCCAUGGAGGUAACAGGAUUGGAUGGUAACUAUCGAAUCACAUGUCACACAGUAAUGGAAGUGCUUCGGGAGCACAGAGACAGUGUCAUGGCUGUGCUUGAGGCCUUUGUUUAUGAUCCCUUGUUAAAUUGGAGGCUUAUGGACACAAACAUUAAAGGUAAUAAACGGUCCAGGACAAGGACGGACUCCUACUCAAAUAGUCAAACAGCUGAAUUGCUCGAUGGGGUAGAACUUGGAGAAACUACACAUAAGAAACCAGGUACUACCGUGCCUGAAUCCAUCCAUUCCUUCAUUGGGGAUGGUUUGGUGCAACCUGAGGCCUUGAACAAAAAGGCCAUUCAGAUUAUUAACAGAGUCAGAGACAAGCUCACAGGUCGUGAUUUUGCGCAUGAUGAGACUUUGGAUGUUCCCACUCAGGUAGAGCUGCUAAUUAAACAGGCAACAUCCCACGAGAACCUCUGCCAGUGCUACAUUGGAUGGUGUCCCUUUUGGUGAAGGAAUUUUGGAACCUGCGGACAGCCUCUCAUGUUGAACUUGGAUUCUUGUUAAACAAGCCAUUUUUAAUAUAGCUUCCAAUCUGCCAGAUGUGGUGACUAAACCGUGUAGCCAAACAGAGUAAUUUGGUAGCCUGUAACCUGCAUCCUACAAGGCAGAGCUAACCUUUGAAACGCACAGAUAUGACACCCUAACCUGUGGAAGAUUUCCCAGAACAAGUUAGUGCUUUUCUGGCCACUUUGUGCUGAGCAAAACGUUCUGAGGAUUGAGCUGGUCACCAAGUGCUGACAGACUGAAUAUCACUCAUGUAAAUAACAAGAAUGUUUCUAAUGCUAAACUAAUCACCUGUAGCUGAGCACACCGAAUGAAGUAUAGAGCUUGUAACUACUAUGGAAUGCAUAUGAUUUCUGGCCAGUCUUGGAGACAAUGAACUGUUAUUGUAAAAUACCAAUAAAGAUGUCAAUCUAGAAUUA